AAUACCGGAUUUUGGUCUCACGCAAUUUCAAGUGUCUGGCUCCACUUGCUGCACUGCCCUUCUACGCAGAACCUCUCAUGGCAACCUGCGGCUGAUACGCAGAAAUCCGCACUAUGCCGAUACGGCCAUGACAGCUAGAUUUUGGAGUGCAGAGAUGGCAGGCGACCCACAACCCGUUCGAAGACGCACGUUCGCAUGUUGCAAAACCUGUCGAAGGAGACAUGCCAAAUGUGACGAAGCACAGCCAGAAUGUUCGACUUGUCAGCGCCUUGGUCUGAGUUGCGGAGGCUAUGAGCCCCGCUUGUUGUGGAUCAUGGGUGAUGCUGCCGCCCCUUGGACCACGACCGAGUUGCGUGAGAGUCACCGAGGGGGCGGCUUCCGAUACCCACUCUUUCCGGUCGUCCGGCGACAGACCACAAGCCGACUCGAGCAGAGCAUGAGCAAUCGCUCGCCAAUGUCAGCACUGCUACAGAUUGAUUGCUAAAGUGAUGCCCACGAGGAUGGUGAACCGCUCGCUCAGGAUCUUAUGCUCGGUCCUUUUGGAGUCUUUGACACAAGGCCGGCACAAACUGCAGUAACGUCACCUU